UGGCCGUUCUUCUCAGUCUCGGCCUCGGGCUUGCGUUGGGAUCUGUGGUUUCUGAUGGCGGAAGCGGUGCGCCCGAAGAAGUCUAGGCACUCAGCAAAACUGGAGGACAAAAAGAAAAAAGCUACCACAGAAAUUAAGAAAAAAAGUUCCAAACCUGAAUUAGAUCAAGAAUCAGUUUCUAGAGAAAUAACAAAAACUCAGAUUUCCUCAUCCAGUUCUACUGAAGCCAAUAAAAGCCAAAAAGAAAUUACUUCAAAACCUAAUGAGGGCCAAACUGAAGAUCACCAGGUUCUUCCAGAUUUGCUGGAAGCUGAUAAUACUGUAAAAAAUACUCAAGAGUCUGGGUCAUUUGUGGAACUGGUGUCCACUGCAAUUGCAGAAACUGAAAUUUAUUCCAAACAAGAUGUUGGAUUGGACAGACAAGAUCAACAGUAUCAUGUAGACCACACAAAAAAAUUAAAACAUCAUCAUACCCCUGAUGGUAACACUGUACUCCAAGAGGGAUGUGGGAUCCCAGAGGCUAAUGAACUAUCUUGUUCUAGUAAGACUACUACUAAUCAAAACAAAGAACGUUUACAGGUUAUUAGUGAUGUUGAAUCUGCUGUUUGCAGUGUUUCGGACCAACUUCUGUCAUGCUCCAGAAGUAGUACUAUACAGAACGUAACAGUUGAUUUGAAGGAAAAGGAGGUCACUCAGAAUAAGAAUGUUAAAAACCCUGCUAUUUUAAUACUGGAUAAUUGUGAGAAAGAGACUGUGGAUAUGAAGCUGCAAAGUAUCAUGAUUGAUCUUCCAGUACAGUUAACUGUAGAAAGACUGUACCCUGAUUUGCCAUUAGAGGUUAAGGAAGACACUGGAACUGCAUUCACUGAGCCGGUUUCAUCUCAUUCUGGAACACUGUAUCCAAUUAUUCCAAGUGAAAUUGUGCCAUUUUCAAAAGAAGAGCUCAAAAUGUUUUCAUUAGGUUCAUGGCUAGAAAACGUUGAUACAUAUGUUGAAGAAUUUCUUUCUGUGGCCACUCAGGAUAAAAAUGACCUUUUUGAACUUCUUAUGAACUAUGGGCGAUGUAGGAAACAACUUCUGCAGGCUGAAGCAGAAUUGCAGACCAUGAUGUGUGAUUAUGAGAGUAUCGAAAAAAGGCUGUGGACAUUCAAUGAAGAGCAACUGACUCUUCAGGGAGUUUGUGCUGAUCAAACAAAAGUUACAGCCUAUCAUCGAUAUCAGACUGUGGAGAUGAACAAUUCAGUUGUUGCAGAGCUUCAACGGAUUUUGAGUAUUAAGGCUGAUCACUUGCAUCAAACACUGGCUUUACAUGCCUAUACUUCAGUGCUUUCUCGACUGCAGGUGGAAUCUUACAUCUACAGGUUGUUAAACAGCUCAACAGUAUUUAGAACAGUGGCAAUUCUACGUAGACAAGAUGAUCAAGCAAUAGACUGCAGUCAUUCGGAUCUGCAACUUUUGAAAGAAAACAUCAGUGUACUCUUUGGUUUUACUCGAAGAACAAUUGAAGAUGGUCAAUUCCACAGUGACAUUCUUCUCUGGCUACAGAAAUUGGUUGCAGUAUUACACCGAGUUGGCUCUGCUGCUGAUCAACUCUUUAUUCUGAAUCACAUCCUUCACUGCCCAGCAGGUGUGAGCAAAUGGGCAGCCCCACUUGUAAAGAUAACAGUAUUCAAUAAUCCUUCAGGAGUCUUCCUCUUUAUGCAAGCCCUAGCCUUACUUCUGUCACCAAUCAUGCAUCGAUCUGAGUUUCUGGUGAACAUAAAGCCAACGAACAAAAAGCUACCACCACCUACACCAGAAGCAAAAGACAUACAGAACUGGACCUUGGUAGAUGAAGCUGGGGAAGAGGAUGAAGAUCCUGAAACCAGCUGGCUACUAUUAUCUGAGGAUGACUUUAUUAUGCUUCUGUCACAGUUUCCUUUUGAUAAACUAUUUAAGCAAUUACUUGGGAUAACUGUAAAAGGUGAAUACAAUCCAGAAAAAACCACAAGUGAGCAAAUGAUGAAGAUCAUUGGAUUCGCAUCCUCAUUGGUGGAGCUGCUGGCAGUGGGUUUGGAGACUUUUAACAGAGUACGAUACAGGCAAUUUGUGAAGAGGAUUGGUCAGAUGAUCAGGAGGACGAUUUGUUACGUAAGUGACCACUGGGCUCAAUAUGUCACUUUUCAUAAAGAGAAUGAAAUUAAGAUGUAUUACCAGUUUUACUCUCUCGAAAAGCUGCAAAUAGAAUUUGAUGAGCUGGUUCUUCGGGCAGUACUUCAUGUGCUGAAAGCUAAAAGGUUGGGAAUUUGGUUUUUCAUGUCUGAGAUGCCCUUUGAAACAUUAUCAACUCAGAUGAUUUGGAAACUCUUCUACAUUCUGCACUGUGCAGAAAGUGAAAAUAUUGAGAGGUUGUGUGCAUCUUUGCAUACUGAUGAAUGCAAAAGUAAACUUAAAGACCCUGAACAUAAACAAAUGUUUGAACAAUGUCUGUCCAACAUUACCAACUCAGAAGGAAUAUGCCUUCUCACCACAUUUGCACAUAUGACUCAACCAAAGCAAGGAAAUGUUGAUCAAGAGUUUGUGAAGACAGUUGCUUUAGAAAUAUACGAGGUAGCUUUUGUAAGUCUUUGCACGAGAGAAACCUUUUCCAAAGUUGGCCGCGAACUUUUGGUCACAAUUUUGACAGCUAAUCCUGAUAUUAUCUCUAUACUUCUGGAUCGGGUCCGAGAAACUAUUGAAACAGUUGGCAUGGUUUCUCUAUACCUAUUUAAAGAACUACCCCUGCACCUAUGGAAAAUCACUUCAACUGAAAUUGAUAUAGUUCGUGAGUGGCUUCUGAACUACAGUUUAUCCACUGUGCAGAACAAGUUGGCUUGCAUCAUACUUGAAGGACUGAACUGGGGUCUUGAUGAGCAGCAAUCAACCCUUGCACUUGAUGCUUCCCUUCACACAGAAGUAGCAUUGAUGGUUCUGGAAGUAUAUCAGAAGUAUCUCACUGAUAAGCCUUACAGUGGAUUCAUCUCUGAAAGUAUAAAACAGGUGUCAUAUUUGGCUAAUGUUGUUCGCCUGAAUCAGACUCCUGAGGCAUUAUUUAAUCACUGGGCAUGGGAAUUGGUUGUUAGGCUGAAGUUGUGCAAUAAUCAACCCUGCACUACCCAGGAUCAGUCUCCAUUUAACAGCUCUUUUACUGCGCCUGAAUUGAAUGAGUCGCCUAACCUCCAUCCUCUUUCUAAAGCUGUGAAAGCUGGCAUUCCUAUUGGUUGUUAUCUUGCAUUAUCAAUGACAUCAAUAGGUCACAGCAUUGACAAGUUCUGCUCUGAAGGAAUACCUUUGCUGGGUGUACUUGUGCAGUCAAAACAUCUCAAAGCAGUAGUCCACGUGUUGGAUAAGAUCUUGCCACUCUUCUACCGAUGCCAAUAUUAUCUUCUGAAAAAUGAACAGUUUUUAAUGUAUAUGCAGCUUUUUCUGCAGACUGAUAGUGGUGUACUUCAGGGAAUGACUCAGCAAGUGACCCAGAAAGUAGCACAACAUUUGACUGGCGUCAGCUAUGGAGAAAACAUUAAAUUGUUAAACAGCAUGAUCCAGACUCACGUCUCAGAAAACAAUAAACCUGACCGAGUUGGAGCAGCUGCUGUUCUGGAAUUUUGGACUCAGGUCUUGACAAGCCAACAGCUUUGGCACAAAGACAGAAGUGUUUUGUAUUUGAUGAAUAACCUUUGUAAGGUGGCAUUUCUUUAUCAACAAGAAGACUGUUUGCAAAAGUCCCUUUAUCAACUGCACAAGAGUGCCCUUGGAUACCAUGGUGAUCGUGGAGUGUUCACUUCAUUCAUGAGCUGGAUGUUAGCUGGCAACUUGACUCCAUCAUUUAUUGAAGGCAGUGCUACUUCAACUGAGGUGUGGUUCUCCUGGAUCAUUUUUAACAUGGAGGCAAUCUUCGAAGAAGAUUCUCAGCUCCGUAGAUACGUGGAAUUUGAAUUAAUCAGUAAACCAUCAGUUACUCCAGAUCAAGCCUUAAGAAAGGCACAAAGCCACUUAAAAUUGCCAGUUGUUCCAUCCAUUCAGCGGCUAAUGAUCUAUCGCUGGGCCCAUCAAGCUUUAGCUACUCCUGCAGAUCAUCCACUUCUCCCUCUCAUCUGGCAGAAGUUCUUCAUUCUCUAUCUACAUCGGCCUGGGCCAGAGUUUGGUUUGCCAGUAAGUGGCUGUAUUGGAAAACAUUAUUUUUAUACAACUUCGCACUCUAACUUACUGAAAGAAAUGAAAAAGCGCCUUGUCGAAAUAGCAGAUUUUCAUCAUGCAGCUGGUAAGGCUGUAAAGGUCUGGAAAGAUGGAGACAAUGCCUCAACAUUGAAUGAGAACAAUGCAAGUCAUCUGCCUGAAUCUAUGACAUCUCCAGAGCUUCAUAAAGAGUUGCUCAGGCUUUUCCAUGUUUUUGCCAUUUGGCUGGAUGAUAUGAAUCUACAAAAGACUGAUCUUUAUCUGCCUUCUCUGCCAGUGCAGUAUGAUACGCACAGAUUGGCAAAGAUUAUGCAGAACCAGCAGGAUCUUUGGACUGAAUACGUUGAUAAUGAGCGUAUUAAGCAUGAAUUCACCGAGACAUCGAAUCUCUGGAUCCAGCUCCACCAAAAGCCUUCUGCAAUAUAUAGGACUUCAAAUUUGAAUAACUUUUUUAAUCCACUUUCAGCAAAAAACAGAAUCUUGAGCAAUCUGAAGACCCAUGAUGUCCCUGCACCUACUCUGUCCAUACAACGUGUGAAAGCUCCUGUUCCGGAUAUUAUUGAAGCUAGUCUAUCAGACAAAAAGGUGGCAAUUAAACUCAUUCAACAAAAUCUUAACAUCUUACGGCAGCAAGCAAAAAUUGCAGCCCAUUGGGAAUCACAGCAAACGGGGCUGGAUUGUGAACUUUUGAAAACAUUACCUAAAUUGUACAGCAAUCGAGAGGAACAAAUCACUAAGAAACUAGAAUGCCGUGGUAGCUCUUCAAACCAUGUAUGCCAAGGAGCAGCAAAAAUCUCUGUGAAGUGUAAAGAAUUAUACAAGAAUUCUGCCAUCCAAAAACAACUUGAUGAUUUAGUGAAAGACAUUAAGCAGCUACAAAUUGAUGUUGCAAAACCACCACCUCAAACCAUUGCUGAAGCUGCUGUCUAUGUGGAAAACUUUAUAACGGCCUUGGUAAAUGCCUUCAAGUUGCACCAUACAGAAACUUUUCAGAAAGUUGGCAUUGCUCUGUUCUAUGAGAUUGUGUCUUUUGUCUGUGAUGAAACACAGCGUCAUCCACCAACAAGGCAGUUUUUUACAUCAUGUAUUGAAAUUCUUGGACAGGUUUUUCUGAGUUGUGCUAAAACAGAAAGCAAAACUUUGUUGAAAAAAGUUCUUCAGAACAGAAGAUUAUGCAAUCUUUUGUCACCAUACUUCACUCCAAAUAUAUCUCCAGAUGAAUUUGUCAAUCUUUAUGAAGAAGUUGUCAAAGUCCUCCACACAGAUAGUGGAGAUGUCAUCUUCAUGUUACUAACAAAGUUUGACCUUAUUUCGUGGUUGAAUUCUACCAAGCCAGCUAUGUCUGAACGGACGCGGCUGUUGGAGACCAUUCAUUCAGCUCUGACUUUGUGUGGCUUUCAACCAGAGGAAGAAGUUCAAAUGGCUUUUAACAUUUUUUGCAAACACUGGAUGUAUGUUCUACAGUAUCAAUUCCCUGAUCACUAUAGUGACUUCCUCAGACUUCUGAUGCAGAGCUCUUCAGAACAGAGAUUGAACCUUGACUGCUGGAAGAUUGCUUUGAAAACCUUAAAUUGUAUCUCUGAAGAUGAACAUGAACCCCCAAUUGUAAAACAUGCAGAAACACACCAACGUCCUCAGAUCAGACUAUCAUAUGAACAGGUACUGGAAACCAUACAGUGGCUGUCUGAUUUCUUCUUCAAACUACGCCUUUCAAAAACAGAUUUAAGGAGCUUUGGUCUGUUUUCAAAGUGGACUCCAUAUAUGAAUGAAGUGAAGAAAUUAUUGAUGUUUCUUGUUAGGUUUCUUAUUGAUUCAGAGAUUGCCAAACUUGCCCAAGAACCUCCAUCCAGCAUCAAAAAUGUGACAGGUUUGAAAAUGAUAUAUGCAAAACUAGUGGGACUUUUCAGGCCGUGGCUACUGGUACUAAAUACAGAGGAAGCAAGCAAUAGUCGUUCAUAUCCUUGGCUAGAGAUUGACACUCCGGUAGCAUCUGGCGUGGUGAAGUUAUUUACUAAAUGUGUUGAUUAUCUGCACCAAAAGUUUAAAGAUAAACUCAUUCCUGGCCAAAGAGGGGCUCUUUGGUUCCACUUGAUGCAUUAUUGUGAAACUUGCACAAUACCCAAAUUGCCAGAGUAUAUCCUGUAUACCUACCACUCAGAAUAUUCCAAUCUGCCAUGGAACGAGUUGUACCCCGACCAAGCCGUAAUGGAAGAAUUCUUUAAAGUGGAGAGAGGAAGCCCAAAGAGCUGUUUCCUGUUUUUGGGGUCUUUGCUUUGUGAAGUUAACUGGGUUAAUGUUCUUUCUGAUGCUUGGAAUCCCCAGCCUCAUUUGCAGACACGGAAUAUGAUUGUCUAUUUGUUAUUUAUGAUGGUUUUUCUAUCAAAAGAAGACAAACUUAUACGUAAACCAGAAUCCUCAUUACACAGCCUUCUUGGACAAUCAAGUGCAAUACCCUGGCAUUUUGUGGACAUAGCAUCAUAUCAAAAUGUCAUUAGCUACUUCAGUACCCAUUACCCUCCCUCCACUGUCAUUCUAAAAGAUCCAUCAACUGAGCUGAUACUGAAGCUUUUAAAAAUUGCUGCGGGUUUUUGUGAAACGUUGGAUGUACACAGUGAUGCUACACAUAAAUCCAAGGUAUAUGUCCACCAAGUUGUCCAGUGCCUCCUCGCUUUGGAUCAGAAUGGUCAAAUAGUCCAUGCUCAACUAAAACAUGAAAUGAUAACACUAUUGGAUGAUAUUGUUAUCUUUAACCCACCAGAAGUGGACAGUCAAAUGCGUCACAUGGCAAUAGCCAGCCUUUUUAUGGAAGUGUUAAUGAUGCUGAAUAACACAAGUAUUACAUCAGCUGAGUCAUUGCGAGAGAGCUUGCGGUCAUGGAUUGAGACUAAGGUGUGCUAUAAUCUAUCACUACCACUACUGACUGCAACUUGUCAAAGUCUAGCAUCUGUUAAACAUAUGGCUGAAACGACUGAAGGGUGCAUCAUGGCUUAUUUCAAAGAGGGAGCACAUCAAGAUCAGUAUUUUGGAUGGGGACCAAUUUUGGUAUCACUUCAAGUACCAGAGCUAACAGCAGAAGAAUUUCUCAAAGAGUGCUUGAAUUUAGGAAGUUACUUGACACUUUAUGUGUAUAUUCUUCAGCGUUUGAACAUGGAGCAGACUCUAUCCAAUGAAAUGAAAAUGCUGGUUCUGCUUAACAAAUGGAUAGAACAAGUCUUUCCUUGCAAUACAAAUGAUGAGGCUAAGCUCUUCCUGUGGUGGCAUAAACUUUUGCAAUUAGCAUUAAUUCAGCUUGAGCAGAACGAUGUAACCGCAUUGGAAAUUUUGAUCAGGAUACUAAGCACAUUUCAAAUGAAGCAAAGUCAUCUGGCAGAGGAGAAGCUCUCUUCCGGACUUCUGGGAGCUAUUGGUCUUGGAAGGAAAUCUCCCCUCUCAAACAGAUUUCGAGUGGUGGCACGAUGCAUGUCAGCUUUCCUAUUGGUACAGCUUCCUGCAGAAAACCGCAUUCGAUUAAAGCCUAGCUCAGAACUGCAGCUCUCUCCCAAAGCACAGCAGGCCCUGAAUGGACUUGACUCAAUGUCAUUGAGCAAGUAUGCAGAUUACCAAGAAGAAAUUUCACAGGCUACAUUAUUUAUCAAGAACCCAAACUAUUGUCUUUUGGAUGGCAACAAACUAUUAGCUAUUCUUCUGAAUUUCCUUUACCCUGACACACACUAUCUGGACAUUAUUCGCUAAAUAUUUUGCCACAGCAGCAAGUCCAAUAUUUUCAUUAAAAUGAAUUCAUAAGAAAAAUGGAGAAACAGUAUCUCCACUGAUGGAAUUUUAAGUAAAUCACUACAUUAAUAAAUUAGUUCAAUAAUCAAUUAAAUAUUGCACCUUGCAUCCAACAAAUGAAGAAAAACAAAUUAACUUGUGCAAGUAAGGAUAUGAGCAACAGACAUUCGGGUGAAGUUUUGGUUAUAAUUGAAAUUACAAAGCCAAAUCAGAAAGGUGGUAAUGUGAAAUGCAAUGAGUAAUUAAUAUAUUCACUUGGAAUCCAGAUCUCUGCUAUUUUAAAUGUGAAACCAUUUAUGUGCAUUCAUUUUGACUUUAAAAGUAAUCAAUCAUCUAUUGAACCCAUUCUUAAAUGUUCACGUGAUCUGUCUUUUAUCUGCUAAUUUUGCUUGUGUAUUCCACAGCCUUGUAACCCUUAGUAUAAAGAAACAAAACUCUUGUUCUCCAUCUUUGAUUUUUUUCAAUUAGUCUUAAACCUUGUUUUGGACCCAAGAAUCACUGGAAGUAGUUUUUUUUAUGUAUUGUAUUCCAUUCCUUUCUAAUUUUAAAUGCCUCUAUCACAUAUUUGUAAUUUAUUGAAAUUAUAUUUGAAGGAAACUUGUUUUCUGAAUGGAAUAAACAACUUACAUUUUGUUACAUGAUAUUUUCUUAAUUCAGUAUAAAACUUGCAAAGCAUCUGUGUGUACUCAAUUUGCAGUAGGAGUAGCCAUUCUGAUCUCUACUCUGUCUUGCUCAUAUACUCUUAGACUCAAUUGUCAGUCAAGAAUAUGGAAUCUUGCUACAGUUAGCAGUCCUAGUUUAGCUGGUGACCUAUUCCUGUCAUUUAGUUUCUAUUGGUAUCUGAAAUGAUAAAAGAGAUAAACCAAACAAUUUUUUAUUCUCAAUUAUCAGUUGCUUGAAUUGGAAUUCUGUAGUUAAGUAGCAUUAAUCUUAAAAUUAUCUAUGGAAAUGCAAUGAGUAAUUAAUAUAUGCUCUUGGAAUCCAGAUCUCUGCUAUUUUAAAUGUGAAACCAUUUAUGUGCAUUCUUUUUUAAAAUGGGCUUCUAUAAAAUAGCACUUUGAAAUCAGAAAGUAGCCACAGCCUUUCUGUGAGUGCCUUUAUCUUCUCACAUGUAAGCACAUGAUGCAAAUAAACUAUAAUGUACUUUUACUUUUCAUAAAUAUUUUGACAUUCAGCUGAUGGUAUCAAGAUUAUUUAACAAAAUAUGUUGUGACAUUAUAGGUGCCAUAUCAUCUGAAAAUUCAAUAUAUUGAAUAUUAUACUAAUAAAGUUGAAGACUUUCAUUAUUACAUAAUGAAUGUGCAGUGGCAAACUGAACUUGUAUGCAUAUUCACCUGGGAAAAUGAUCUAAUGUUAGUCAAACUAUACCUUUUUUGUUAAAAUGACAUUCAAGUUAAUUGAUGAAUUGUUAAUGAUAGUGAAUCUCAGAUACUAUUCGUUAUGGAACAAGAAAUAGUAAACUUACAACAGUCAAGAUCUAAAUUAGGUAAAUUAGUUUAAUAAACGUUUCAUGAACCAAAUAGUAAUGCGUACAGCAACUACAAUAUUCCUCAAUGAAUGCAGGAAAGCAUUUUAUGUCACAAACUUAUGUUUUAAAAUAUCUAAUUCUAAUUGAAUAAUUUUUUUGUUUAAAAGUCGAGCUGUUUAAGUGAUUUAAUCUGUAUGAUUCAAGUUAUUGAAAGCACAUAUUGGAUGCUGCUAUUCGUGAUGUGAUGCUCUUCACUUUACAGAACUGAGUAAAAUUGAGUUCAAGUGAAAUCAGUGGUACCUUCCACAAUGUGAAGAAUUUCUUGCACUCUUUCUUUAGACAUUCAACUUCAAAGUCUUUUUUUUUUACAUUGGUAUUAUUUUGAUGGAAGCUACUGCUAGGCUGAUGUUUGAAGUGUCAAGUAAGAUUCAGUUAAUACUUAAAAUGUGCAAUAUAAUGCUUCUAAAGUGGCUCUUCCUGUAAAAAAUGUUUUUUAUGAAAUUGGAAGUACAUGUGUAUUUGAUAUUUAAUAGCUGUACAUUGACAAUAAUCUUUAUCAAGUGUGGUUUUA